UCCAGAGUCCAGAGGAAGAAGACGAGUCUGAAGCUCUGAACCGAACCAGCCUCCCUCUCGUUCAGAUGAGAUGCAUGCAUCGAUCUGCGAUCGCUCGCCCUCUCCGGUCAUGCAAUUCUGCCGAUAAAUACACGCGCGCGCAUGCGUUCCGUUGCAUCUCCGGCCACUGGCAAUGGCAUUCUCUUUCUGAUUCUCCUGUCACUGCUCUACCUAGGCUCAUCGUCUCGUUUCGUCUCCAGUGAUCUGCACAUCUCCACUUAUAACUGCUGAUCUCUCUGUCUGCGCUACAGGCCACAGAUGGAGAAGGCGACGAGGAGGAGGCGACGGCGGCACGUGCCGGCGUUCGGGGAGUGGAACAAGAACUACGGCGAUGAGCCGUGGCCGCAGGCCGGCGUCGGCGGCGUCGUCAUCGUGGCGGAGCCGGAGCCGGAGGCCUGCAGCGAGGCGUGGUUCAGCUACCCCGGCCGGCCGACGUCGCGCAAGACGGUGGCGCCACCACCACCACCACCACGGGUGAAGGCGAGGAGGCCGGGGAGAGAGAGGCCUCGCGACGACGGCGGGAAGGGGAGGCUGCAGGAGGAGGCGGCGCCGAGGUUGUCCGAUCACAGCUAUGGGUUGGCGAAGAAAGCGGCCGUGCGGGAGUCGACGAGGCGGCCUGCGGUCGACGCCGACCUGUACCGUGUGCCGCCGCCGCCGCCGGACGACGUCGCCUGCAAACGGCCAAGGAAGAGGGCCGUGAGAGGCCUGUGGAUGGGAUGCCUCGGCCUCGACUGCGUUGCAUGAAGGAAAUUAAUUUCUCUGUAUUUUUCUCUUUUUUUUUUGUUCACUUUGAGUCUAGGCACCAAAUCUCCUUGUUGUAAUUGUCGUGGUUAUCAUCUUGUAUGAGACUUAACUAUUUUCUUCUUGAUAC